AUGGCUGCCCAGCCACCGCGACCACCUUCCAACAACCUACUGUUUUGUGGGCCACCACCUGAUUUACCACUCGUGGUGUUGUUACCCAGUAAUACUACCCGUGAUAAUUGUAAUUUCGAUGCUUCGUCAGAUGCUGAAAUAAGGCAAACAAACGCCGCUGAUACUUUAAACGAAAUAAACAACGUGGGUGUACCUACAUACGAAAAUCUUUACGAAAAUCAAGAAGAACUCUUUGACUUUCCACACGAAAUUGUCACAGAACAUCAAUUACCUCAGGACAACUAUUUUCGUAGAACUCAUAGCUUUGAUAUUUGUGACUUGUAUACAUCACCAACAGAUGUGGAUUUGAGUACGUUACGUCGUGGACGAUCAGAACCUGAUUUAUCAAAAUAUGGAAUGUUCCAUGCGGCCGAAAUUACUGUUGAACAAUUUGAACCAAUGCAACCGGCUCCACUUGUUCUCAAUAAUCCAUUUUAUGAUGGCUCUUAUGCUUUAGAUCCUACACAAUUAAAUAAUAGUAUGGUAGUACUACCUGAAAACUAUUUAGCUUUUGAAGAUUCUUUUGUGCCAACUUUUGAUUAUAAGCCGGAGCUGCUUAUUAAUAAUUUUAAUCCUGGACUUUACUACGAUGGAAUGCCCAUGGUUCCUCCAAACGAUCCCUGGUCAAUAUAUGGAGCUGAUAGUUCUACACUGGAUUACUAUCCGUCUCAUUUUGAAACAUCAAUUGGAGAUCAGGAGGUCAUACAAUAUAUGCCAUUGACUGACUUAGAAUAUGCGAUUCCUCAGUAUAUGAGUUUGCCGGUAGUAGAGCAAGCGAAGCUUGAAACAUUUGUAGAUAAUAACAAUAGUAAUUCUGAAGAAACUAGCACAUCGAAUGUUGAAAGUAUAAGUGAAGUGUGUACAAACUUACCACAAGAUGUAAGCGCGGAUUUGGUAGUUCUUAGUAACACUGUGAGUGACGAUGAAAAAGUGAUAGAAAUUUAUAACAGGGAACCGUCAACACAAAGUGAUGAAUCUCUUAAUGCUGACAUUUCCAACGAUGUAACAUCUAGUUUAGCUUUCGUUCCCAGUAGUAAAUAUUCACCAAAUAGGCCUCAAGGAAAUAAUGCGGAUGAUACUAGUAAUGAUACUUCUCCAUGUUCCACUGAUUAUCACGAAGCGUCUGCUUUGGAUAUAGUGCAAAGUCUUGAUGAGUCAUCAUGUUGUGAUAGUGAUUAUUCACAAAGUAGAGAUGAUGCUUCACCGGCUGCAAUAGAUCUUCAAAAGGAAACACAUACACAGGUACUCCAAGCAAUACAACAGUCAAGUGAAACAUUUAAAGGACAAAGUGAAAUAAGUGGACUUCAAAAAGUUCCUUCUAAUGUGCCACUGGGCAAUCUACCUCUUAGUAAAUUACCAUCCAUUCCACUUCACGACACAUUACCAACAAAAUCACAACCAAUACUAAAUGAAGUAGCUCAUAUCGAAGAUACAAAAACUGAUAAAUCAAAAAUAAUAGCUUUAAAUUCUACAGAAUAUGUAACUGAAUCGAAUAAAUCAAGCAACGCAAAAAGCACUGACCAUGCUUUAGAUAGCGUUAUAUCUGAGAAUGUAAAAGUGAACGACAAUGCUACAAAUUUUCGGCAACCACCACAACCACCCGCUGUGCCACCUUCUUGGUUACCUAAGAAACCUCCAAGUGAUGUCAUGCGAAACUCUACGCAAACUGCCCCACAAAUUAAUAUACAAAAUGCAGAUGGUCACUCGAUCAUAGACAAGAGUCCUAAAUCCACUACUAAUGUUGUUGCUUCAAACCACCAAGAAGGAGCAGAACCUCAACCAUCAUGUUCAUAUGCAGCGCCAAGAUUACCACUGCCUGUAACUCAACUCAAGCCAGAUACACAGCCAAAGGAUGUGGAGACCUCGCGCGCACGCUCCUCCGUCAAGGACGACAGAGACGGACACCUCGUCUACUGGCCCGGAUAUGUCAUGGGAGCGAGAUACAAAAUCAUCGACACGCUCGGUGAAGGCACCUUCGGCAAGGUGGUGGAGGUGAAGGAUUUGGAAAUGGAGCACAGAAUGGCUUUGAAGAUAAUCAAGAACGUCGAGAAGUACAGAGAGGCUGCAAAACUAGAGAUUAACGUAUUAGAGAAGUUAGCUGAAGUGGAUCCUGAUUGUAAACACUUAUGUGUGAAAAUGUUAGACUGGUUUGAAUACCAUGGCCACAUGUGCAUCGCGUUUGAAAUGCUCGGGCAAAGUGUAUUUGACUUCUUGGAAAACAACAAUUACCAGCCGUACCCGUUGGAGCAGGUGCGGCACAUCGCGUACCAGCUCGUAUACAGCGUACUGUUCCUGCACGACAACAAACUCACUCACACCGACCUCAAACCUGAGAACAUACUGUUUGUCGACAGCGACUACGAGGUCGUCAACGUCUAUAGCAGUUCCAAGAAGACUCACGAUCUUCUACGUGUAAAGCGCAGCGACGUCCGACUGAUAGACUUCGGUAGCGCCACAUUUGACCACGAAUACCACAGCACUAUUGUAUCCACGCGCCAUUACAGAGCACCAGAGGUCAUUUUAGAGCUCGGGUGGGCACAACCCUGCGACGUGUGGUCCAUCGGUUGUAUAAUGUUCGAGCUCCAUCUCGGCAUCACGCUGUUCCAGACCCACGACAAUCGGGAACAUCUCGCCAUGAUGGAACGCAUCCUAGGACCCAUCCCUUACAGAAUGGCGAGAAAAACAAGGACAAAAUAUUUCUACCACGGCAAAUUAGACUGGGACGAAAAAUCGUCAGCGGGCAGAUAUGUUAGAGAAAAGUGUAAACCUUUAUUGAGGUAUAUGCAGAGUACUAGCGAGGAGCACCGGCAGCUGUUCGACCUGAUCUCCCGCAUGCUGGAGUACGAGCCCGCGCAACGCAUCACGCUUCGUGACGCUCUGCAUCAUCCCUUCUUCGCUAAGUUGCCGCCACACCAGCGAUUAGGCAAUGACCGGUCGCGGUGCAACGGUGAGAGUUCUGGUUCGCGCGAGAGAUCGCACUCCCUCAGCAGGUGA